AUGAAAACAGCAGCCACCGCCAUCGUCCUCGCAAUCUGGGUAGCCGCCCCAAUCCUAGCCCAAGACAUCGACAACAAUGAUAUCCCAACCCAAUGCGCCACCGUCUGCUCCAACAUCGUUGCUGUCUCCGACGACUGCGAUCGAGCAUUCGACCGUGACUCCGACGAGCUAGCAUGCAUGUGCCAGGCUGAGGGCGCUCAGCAGGUCAUACCAAUCUGUGCGGCGUGCAUUGCUUUCUACGACGACGAUGAAGACGAUCGACGAGAGCAGGAUAAUGAUGCAGGUGACCUCCGUCGGGACUGCAACUUCGCAUCAACAACCUACGAUCCCAACGUCACGUUCUCGCAAGCCGCGAUGACGGCGGCAACGAGCCUUACCUCAUCCUCUCGCGGCGCCAACGCCAGCUCUGCGGUGGGCAGUGCUGCCACUGCUGCGACAUCGGCAACUGGCUCUGCCGCUAGUGAAGCUAGUAGCGCGAUUGGCAGCUUGACGAGUGCUGCGGCGACGGCGACUGCUACUGGGAAUACUGCUGGUGGUGUUAGCGUUGAUGGUGGAAGGGGAGCGAUGGUUGCUGGUGUUGGGCUGUUGGCUGCUGCUGCCUUUCUGUGA